AUGGCCCAACCCAAGAUCCCCGAGACGCCAGAAGGCACAACCGUCGCAGGCAAAACCAUCAUAAUCACUGGCGGAAAUGCUGGACUGGGAUUUGAAGCGGCAAGGCAGUUCCUUGUGCUCGGGGCCUCUCGCAUGAUCCUCGCCUGUCGGUCUCUCGCCAGGGGCCAAGAAGCUGCCAACAAGCUCCGGGCAGAUCCCGCCAUCAAGACACACAACCCGGCUGCUAAGAUUGACGUAUUCGAGCUCGAUCUUGACGACUACCAGUCCACACUCCGCUUCUGCCACAAGGUCAACAACGAAGUGCCGGAGCUCGACAUACUGCUCAACAACGCGGGCCUGCAAAUGGUGCACUACGAGAAAAGCAAAAGCGGGCACGAGCGGACAAUGCAGGUAAACUGCUACUCUCAUGUCCUCAUCUGCCUCGAGCUGCUCCCUCUGCUUCAAAGGACAGCCGCCGCCCGGAAGUCCCCAACUCGCAUCUCCUUCGUGGGCUCCUCGUUACAGAAAACCAUGGCUGCCCUCAACAAGACAUCCAUCCCUAACGACACGCCCAUCAUGGAUUACUUCGACAACUCGGCCAACUUCAGCAGGUUCCGCCACUACGCCGACAGCAAGGUCCUGGUGCACGCUUAUGUGACGCGGCUGGCCACUUUGGCCCCGUCCGACGUCGUCGUCAACAACCUCUGCCCGGGCAUCGUCGAGACCGACCUGAUCAGGGACAUCCCGGCCCCGCUGAGAGUCGUGCUGGGUUUCUUGCGGAAGGCAGUCGCCCGGAAUGCGGAGGAAGGAGCCCGUACUUUGAUAUAUGCUGCAGCUGUUGCGGGGCCCGAGACGAAUGGGAGAUUCUUGGAUCACAAUGAGACUACUAGCGGUUCUCCGUUUCUAGAGGGGCCGAAGGGAGAGGAGUUUGUGAAUAAGCUUUGGAAGGAGACGGUUCAGGACUUGGCCUCGAUCGAUCCUGAGCUGAGGAAAUUUGCCUGA